UUGGUCUCUGCCUCACGAGAUGACUACCAGCAAGGCUUUGAUGGACACUCCCCUGCAAACUACCUUUUCCACCCCCAGCAGGAUUCCCGUGCUGGCCCGGAAAUGCCUGCUUCUCUCUGCUGGGAGGUCCCAAGCCUCGGACCAGGAGAACCGGGAUCCCAAGGGGAUGAUGCAGAAGAAGUUUGGUGCCCCGCUUCCCCAGAGAGGCCUAAUCUGCCCCAGGCACAAGCUGAGACCGCAGACUCUAAGCCCGAAGGGAACCCCCAGACCCCGGACCCCCCUGGAGGAAAUUAGCCCAUGCUUUAUGAGACAAAAUGGGGAGGUGGAUCCCCCACCUAGGUCAGGUACUGCUUUGAGGUCUGGAAAGAAAACGUUCUUAUCUGUUGACCACUGCUUAGACGGAAAAGAACCGGCCACAGCGAGAUGGACUGGGAGAGAGGCAAGACUGAUGGACCCUGGAGAUUUGGUUACCAGGCUGUCAGGUGUGGAGGUGACAAGCAGUGGUCAGGGCUGCCAGGCUGGAAUGGCACAAAGAGUGAGGAUUCAGGAAAACAACCAAAAAGGUGCUUCUUGUGAGGCACAGGUCCAGACCGUAGGACGUCAUACCAAAUCUUCAGUCUUCCGUAGUCAUCAAGAGUCAACAGAAAGAAAUGUCAUCAGCCAGACCCAGGUGAGCAGUGACUCAGGACAGCCCUGGGCAAGAACAAAUUUACCAGCACACCAGCCCCCAGGAGAGCCGGUCAUCCCUGCCCUCCCUGCCAACUGUUCCCAAAGUGGACAAGAAGCCCCCAAUCUGGCUCAGCAGGUGCCGUGGAAAGGAGCACAUGAAGCCCCUCUCCCUGCGGAUAGUCCUGGCUUCCCUCAGACCCCUUCUCCUCUCAGUCACUUCACUCCUGGCCACGGGGGCCGUGCCUCACCCUUUGGACUGGCCAGUCGUGUACCUGUUGCUCAUCCACCAGCUAUGGCCUCCUACUCUGUGCUACGAAGUUUGGCGGUCUUCUCCAGGACUCCUCAGGCCACCCCUGCUCCGACCCCCAGAGUUCAGCAGGAGCAGAUUGUUGUCAAACAAUUAUAUGAAGAGAGCUGGGCAAGUGUGGAGAGGGAGCCUGAGAAACCCUCCCCCACAGCUCCUCUCAACAGCAUGGCCUUGGAGCUGAGCAGACCCAAGGUGGGGUCUGGGGAUGUAGAGGGAAUGACUCCAUCCAACUCGAUGUCCCCGGAACUGAGCAAACCAAAGCUGAACCCCACAGAUGUCGGGGUAGCAGCCACAUCCAACAAGAUGUCCCCGGAACCAACGAGAAACAAAGUGGGCCUUAGAGAUGUUGGGGUAGCAGUCUCAUCCCACAGGAUGUCCCUGGAGCUGAGCAAACAUGAGCGUAUCAGUAUCUUGAAGCAGCUGUUGCAACAGGAGGUAGAAGGGCUGGCUGCCAUAGAAGAUAGCCACCAGAGUGCCAUGUCUCCCCUUAAAAUGGUGGAGCCCAAACUGGCGAUGAUUCCGUGCACCAUGGAACCCUCAGACCAUGGUUCUGAACUUCCCAACCUCCAGGGAACUAAGCAGCACCCUGAUGUUGGGGAACCCAUCUCCCCUAGAGGCCCAGGCAUUGGAGAAGUCAUACAGCAACCUAACCACAGUGUGUGCGCCCCAGCUUCCACCACCUUUUUUCAGUGCCCACUCUGUGGCAGUAUUCCCCUCCAGUCCCUUGGUUCCCUGAGGAGUCCCAUGGGCACAAUAGGUCCUGCUGUUUUAGCCCUAUGUCAGCAAUUAAACGCAUGGCUGGAAGCCAUCAGACUCCUCUACGAAGGCUGCCUGGAUGAUGAGUGUGCCUUCUAUACGGGACGAGGCAUUCCGGGCCCCCAGAGGAUCUGUAAAGAUCCCGUGGCCACGUGGCUGGAGAGGCAGGAAGCCAUGGAUUUUGUUCCAAUCUCUGCUCCAGCUCUCUAGGACCAUGCCAAACCUCCCCAUGGUUCAUUUUUAUUUAUUACACACACACACACACACAC